CACACACCAAAACACGCUCACUCUAAAGUCUGGUCUCGAGCAGGACUUUUCACUCCUUCCUUCUUCCUCCGCUAACUUUUCAAUGGAAAUUAGUCCCGUGCUCGCCACCUUUGCGUCCUCUUCUGCGCACUGAUUUUGUUUUUUUGGGGGGGGGAGAUUAAAAAAAAGAAAGUUCCGCAGCAGUCAUGCUGGAGAGAAUCAGCAUUUCGGAAUUCGUGGUCCUGACAAAAGAGGACCUGUCCUCGCCAGGCACGUCCACUUUCCAGGCUAAAAUGAGCGAAUGUCGGAGUACUGUUUCCACCGUGGAGGAGUCCCUGGAAAAGGAUCACAUCGCUCUGCAGAAGAUGAAGAAGAUGAUUAAGGCCAUCCACAGUUCCGGAACCACCCAUGUGGAAGCCAAUGAGCAGUACAUCGAGGUGCUGGAGAACUUGGGGAACAGCCACCAAAGCCAGGACAACAACGAGGUCUCCACAGGCUUCCUCAACCUGGCCGUGUUCACCAGAGAGGUCACGGCCCUCCUCAAGAAUCUGGUGCAGAACCUCAACAACAUCAUGGCGUUCCCUUUGGAAAAUGUGCUGAAAUUAGAGCUGCGCGACAGCAGACUGGAGCUGAAGAAACAGAUGGAGAGGAGUUGGAAGGAGUAUGACCUAAAAAUAGCAAAGCUGGAAAAGGAGCGCAAGGAGAAAAACAGGCAGCUGAUCAGGACAGAGGGAUCAGACGGAGGCGAGGACAUGGAAAGGGAGAGGAGGACCUUUCAGCUGCAGAUGUGCGAGUACCUUUUAAAGAUCCAAGAGUUGAAGGUCCGUCAAGGCCCAGAUCUCAUCCAGAGCCUCAUCAAGUUCUUCCAGGCCCAGCUGAGCUUCUUUCAGGACGGGCUAAAAGCUGCAGAGAAUCUCGCUCCCUUUGUGGAGAAGCUUGCCUCGUCUGUUCACACGGUGCGAUUAGACCAGGACGAAGACGUCAAAAAGCUUACACAGCUGAGGGAUUCUCUUCGUUUGCUGCUGCAGGUGGACGGCAAAGAGGAAUACCUCAACAGGAAAAACUCUGGUAACGGCUACAGCAUCCACCAGCCACAGGGCAACAAGCAGUACGGCACUGAAAAGUCGGGUUUUCUGCUCAAAAAGAGUGACGGGAUUAGAAAGGUGUGGCAGAAAAGGAAAUGUGGAGUCAAAUUCGGAUGUUUGACAAUAUCUCACAGCACGAUCAACCGACCACCGGCCAAGUUGAACCUCCUGACCUGUCAGGUGCGACCAACUCCAGAGGACCGUAGAGCCUUUGACCUGGUUACUCAUAAUCGGACAUACCAUUUCCAGACAGAGGACGAACAGGAAUGUGUGAUCUGGGUGUCGGUGCUGCAGAACAGCAAGGAAGAGGCCCUGAACACAGCACUGGGAGGAGACCAGCUCCACCUCCAGGACAGCUGCCUGCAGGAACUUUCCAGAGCCAUCAUCGCAGAGCUCCGCCACAUGCCGGGCAACGAGGCCUGCGCUGACUGCGGCGCCCCAGAUCCAACAUGGUUAUCAACCAAUCUCGGCAUCUUGACUUGUAUUGAGUGCUCGGGCAUCCACAGAGAACUUGGUGUUCACUACUCCAGAAUCCAGUCCUUAACCCUGGACCUGCUGAGCACCUCUGAGUUACUGUUGGCAGUGAGCAUCGGGAACACAAGAUUCAACGACAUAAUGGAGGCGGGGCUUCCGAGUGAUGCUGUCAAACCUUUGCCCCAGAGUGACAUGAAUGCCAGAAAAGAGUACAUUAUUGCAAAGUAUGCCGAACGUCGUUACGUCCUGCGAAGAGACACGCCGGAACCGGGACAGCUCUGUGAUGCCGUGAAGAGUCGAGACCUGACUUCUAUUCUGCAGCUUUUUGCCGAGGGAGCAGACCUUACCAAACCACUUUCGAUAACUGAUGUAGAGGCUGCCAAAGAAACAGCUCUCCAUCUGGCCGUGCGCCUUGAAGAAAGAAGCUCUCUGGCUAUCGUGGACUUCCUGUGCCAGAACAGCAACUGUCUGGAGAAGAGAACAGCAGAAGGCAACACAGCUUUGCAUUAUGGCGUCCUUUACCACAAGCCUGAAUCCCUCAAGUUGCUGCUUAAAGCCAAGGCCACUCUUCACAUCGUGAACUCUGCAGGAGAGACAGCUCUUGAUAUGGCCAGAAGGCUGCAACACACACAAUGUGUUGAACUGUUAGAGCUGGCUCACAGUGGGAAGUUUAACUCUCAGAUUCACGUAGAGUUCAUGUGGGACACUCAAGCUCAGGAGAUCUAUGACAGCGAGGACGACCUGGAUGACAGGGUAAGCCCAUUACCAAAAACACGUUCUCCCGUGUCCUCAAACGGAGGCUUUGGAUCCCGCUGGAGUAUGAUUAGUGGUGCUGGUGGCAAUCCAGGCAGCAGACCUUGUCAGACCUAUGAGAACCUAGACUUCCUGUACAGAAACCCACCAGCCAACAGCGCCCCUUCUGGAACAUCCAUGCCACCACCGCCGCUGCCUGCUAAAUCCACCCCAAAAGGUCGCUCCGACCCUCAGCUCUCGGUCACAACACAAGAGGUCAACGUCCCUGCACCAAGACGCAGCUCCAACCCGACCGUCAACACCCCCAUUCCACAGACGCAGGCCAGACAGAGCCCUACGUCUCCCAGUGUAGAAAGUCAAAGCCCAGGUGCUGGAAAACCACACAAGGGGAGUGUGUUUAGGGUUCACAGAUUCAGUGGGGAGGGGCAAGCCUUCACUGGCUCCACUUCACAAACUGCUACCACAUCCUCCCAGAACCACAUCGGACCUGUCAGUUCAGAGAAGACCACAUCGUACCGUCGGACCAGCAACGGAAGCAGCAUCCAGGGGAAGUGUGCCGCGAUAUCUCCCACCAGCAACCAGGAGGAGCCGUAUUGUAUUGUCGGGGGAAACUGCGCGGGCCUCGGUCCAGUCCCCGCUCCGGCAACACCCUCUUCCUCACCUGGCGUGACCCCUUCACUGCGAACCCGCAGGAACGCCAUGAGUUCAGGCAACAGACAACACAAUAAGCGGGUCAAGGCUUUGGUCGACUGCAGGCCCACCAGUUCAGAGCAGCUCACUUUUCUCAAAGAUGAGACUAUUGUGGUAACGCUUUCUAGUGACCCCCACUGGUGGAUGGGUUACAUAGAAGGGGACUCGUCCAGGAGUGGGACCUUCCCAGUCAACUACGUUCAGAAAGUGUCGGAUUGAACCGAUGUUUGUGAACCAGGAAUUGAAACGGCAUUGGAUGCUCAGUGACAUAAUAGCCUUACAGCGGCUCCAAGUGGACUUUAUGCUGUUUCCUUCGCGCAGCUUACAUGGAUUUACUCAAAGUGGAACGAUGUGAGUAAAUUAAGGACACACACCCAGCUGCGCGAGGACACAGUUCUGGGAUUUAAACUUCCAAUAAGGGAAUCUCAAAUUUUAACACUAAAAAUGUAAUUGCAGCUUUUUUGUUCUCUAAAGCCUUUGUAUUAAUAACUACAAAGGCAUUUUCAAACAUUUCUGUACAUUCCGGGCUAAUCCCUUUUUAAAAUGCACUUUACACUCAUGCAGGAUGAUUAUUUGAAAAAAAGGCCAACUGCUGUCUAAAGAAGACAAAGGUCUUUUUAACUAAAGAGAAAAAAAGUUUUUUAUUUCUUGCUCCCAAAAAUCUUGUUAAGCCUGCAAGUAUCUAGAACUAUUGUUAGUGAUGGAAUAUUAAUGAUGAGAACCAGGAAGUGACAUAUGAGUGGUUUGUGAAUACAGUUACUGGGGGCUUGUGUGCAUCGUAACCCAAUGGACUUAAGCACAAUUGCACUUAAUGUACAUAUUAAAACAAUUUUUUGGAAUUUAAAUUGAGCAAAAAGUAUGCUAUGUUUUUUUAUACUGACAAAUAACCAAAACAUGUAACUUGUGUUAUUGAAAUGUAUAUGCUAACUGAUGCUUGUCUAAAAAUGCUGAAAUGUGUGUUUAUGUAUUUUUACAUUGGAUGCAAUUAGUGCAGGUGUAUCUAAGGUUUUGCCUGGUGAGUGUGUAGUGCAAGGCAGAUGAUAAUGAUGAUGAUAUGUUUACAGACACAAGUAGAGCGGAAGCUCAAACAGAACUAAAAGUCUAAGUGCUUUUUUUUCGCUCGAUACCA